GAGCGUGGGGGGGUUUGCCUCGCGCUCGGAGCUCGCGCUGCAUCGAACACGCCGCUACGAAGCCGCUCCUGACCAUGUAACGGGACUGCAGUUCGCGGGAUAUUCACGAGCGAACGCUGCGGCAGGUAGGACGUCACUUUACAUCCUGGUGUGUUUCAUGUAUGCGGCUUGAGGGAAUAAACGCGGCUUUACGGUAUUCAGCGGGUGAAAAGGUUAACAAUGCACUGACCAAUAGGAUCACAAGACCUGCCACAAUUGUCAAGAGAUGAACGUUAUCGUCUGAAUGUCUGGGCAGAUGACCUUUUUGGGGAUGUGCAGACGAACCGAAGCAAUCCUUCAUUCUGACUGAGGAUUCCAGCUGCAUUCAUGAAGCAUAAUUGUUAUUGGUUUGAUUGGCUGAGUCUUCCUGGAGCUCUGUGAGCAGUUCUUUAAAUGGUCAUGGCGAAGACGACUGAUUCCCUUAAUCUGUCCUUCCUCCUGGAGCACGAAAGGCAGAUGAUCUUGGGUGUUCUCCAGAAAGACGAGAAACUCCGCAAACGAGAGGAGAAACGCAUCAGGAAACUGAAAAAUGAGCUUGUGGAGCUGAAGCGAGCCGGACGGCGUUGUUCAGCGGAUCAGCGUGAGUGUGCUGUAUGUCUUCGUGCUCUGGGUCUCAUCCUGCAGAGGGGUAAUGUGUGCACCAACUGUCAUCGACGCAUCUGCAACUUCUGCACUGCUACGCCUCCAGACAGCAACUGCAAAUGCACUGUAUGUGCGAAGACUGCAGAGCUGAAGGUGGUUACAGGAGAAUGGUUUUUGGAAGAAAGAUCCAAGAGGUUUCAACAUGCCAGUAUUGCCAGCAGUGAUGUAGUCAAACAGUCAAUCCUCAGCAGUCCUCCAGAUGGAGGCUCUGCUCACAGAUCAUCAGAGAUGGAGAGAUCGUCCACGCCACAGCCUGAGAGAUCAGCUACGCCCCAAUCCCAGAAAAGCACAGGGAAGAACAGGAAAGGGAAGAGAGCGGUUGCAGUAGAAUCAUCAGGGUUACCAACGGUGCCCAAUAACAUGAGAGCACAAAUGGUGAAAACACCCACCCAGACGGAGGCAAGAAACAGGCCGGAUGGGGCAGAGAGCGUGUCUAGUAUACAAAGCAGUGAUAGCAUCCCUGAAAAGAUGGCGGAUGGGCGGAGACAAAUGGAUUCUAGCACACCCUCUAUCGCCGUAUCCAGAGCCUCCCUCUCAUCAGAUCGCAGUCGCUCUGAGGUGGACCUCAGUAAUCCUGGUGAGGGGUUCAAUGAAGAUCCUCUAAAUAGUCGAUGCCGCUCAGUCCCAGGCCUGAACGAUGUGGACUCGGAUGAGGACAUCGAUGCGGUGUUAUCAGCACACUAUAAAACCAACCGGAGUGUCUGCAGCGCCCAAUCAAUGUCUUCCACACCUGCCUCGGAGAGAAAGUGGGGUUUCCUUAAUGUACCUGACUCAGAUGCUGACACUACCAGCAUCAACAGUAUGAUGAGCGUGUACAGUGAGACGGGGGACUAUGGCAACGUGCGGGUUUCCGGGGAGAUCCUGCUCAACAUCUCUUACAGCUACAAAACAGGGGCACUCAACGUGCUCGUCCGCGAGUGCCGCUGCCUAGCAACCGGGGAUGAGAGGAGACAGCGCACGGAUGCCUAUGUUAAAACGUAUCUCCUGCCGGACAAGUCCCGUCAAAGCAAGAGAAAAACCAGCAUCAAAAGCAACACCACUAACCCAGUGUUCAAUGAAAACCUGAGGUACGUUGUCAGUCACUCUCAGCUGGAGACGCGCACGCUGCAGGUUUCUGUGUGGCAUCAUGAUCGCUUUGGACACAACAACUUCCUGGGGGAGACGGAGUUGACCUUUGACUCCUGGGAGUUUGACUCGCAGAUAGAAGAGUGGUUCGCUCUACAGCCCAGGAAUGAGUGCUAUGUGGACUCAGUGAUGCACUACAAAGGAGAACUGACGGUGGUCUUGAAGUACAUUCCCGCAGAGAGAAAUGUCUCGCUGCCUCUGGACCAAGUGCAAGUGAAAAAAGGAUUUCUGAAAGGAAAGAAGAAGACCAUUACUCUUCCUAAAGGAGGAAUGGUGGAGCUGCUGGUUAAGGAGGCAAAAAACCUGACAGCCGUCAAAGGAGGCUCCUCUGACCCGUUUGUCAAAGGAUACCUGCUGCCUGAUGACAAGAAAAGCACAAAGCACAAGACCGCUGUGGUGAAGCGCACUGUAAAUCCACGCUGGAAUCACACCUUCACGUACUGUGGCCUGCAGCACGGCGAUCUGAACAGUGUGUGUUUGGAGCUGACGGUGUGGGACAGAGAGCCCUUCGCCAGUAACGUCUUCCUGGGGGGUGUGCGGCUCGGGGCAGGGACCGGUCUGAGUUAUGGGAAGGAAGUAGAUUGGAACGAUGCCUACGGGGAAGAGCAGCGGCUAUGGCAACGCAUGAUUGACAACCCUGAGGUCCCACAAGAGUGCACCCUGAUGCUGCGCUCCAGCAUGGCCAAGAGAAAGACGUAGAGAGAAAGAUGGAGAGUUUCCCUGGCAAUACUCAUCAAAUCCAGUCACCUCUAGACACUUUAAAGUGCUCUUUAUGUUCUUCGGCAGUACUCACACUACCCAGAUUCUCAUUGCAACAGACGUAUGCACUCUGAAUUCUCAAGACAGGUAUAUAUACACACACAUAUGGCCCUCUACGGUCCUAUUUACACCUGGUAUUUAGAUCCAUCUCGACUGAGUCGGAUCGCUAGUUAUACCUAAUGUUAACAUAUUUCUAAAAUGUGACUCUCUUGAGCGCUUAGGAUCUGAUUUCAAGAGAAGAGACUUUGAUUUUAUAUCUACUUGCAUCAUUUAUGUCAGCGUGGUACUGCAUGUUGAUAAAGCACAAAAAGUGAAAAUGAAAAGGACAGAGGAAAUCAUACAAAAUCUCUCCUAAAUAUACAAGCACAUGCGUGAAGUUUAAGUUUAGCUUAGAUUUUUUUCAGCCAAUUUUUUUUUUAAUUCUUACAUUUCAGGAAAAAACUGGUAAAAAUUAAGUAUGUUUUUGCUUGAAAAAAGCAUAAUAAUCAGCCAAUGGGACAAGCAAAAUAAUCUUGUUUUCCUUACCCCAUUGGCUGAUUAUUUCACGUGUUUCAAGCAAAAACAUACUUAAUUUUACCAGGUUUUUUUUCCUUUUGAAAACAAGACAGAUUUUUUUAUUGUCUAGAAAAUCCUUUUUGAUUUAAGAGUUUUUAGAUAUUUUAACCGGAAACAAAACAAACAAACAAAAAAAUUCUAAGCUAGAAAAUCAUUGUAUGCAGUGUAACUAGCAGGAUGACAGGCAUUUAGCACUGACAGCCUGAUCGAACCACUGAGAUGUAUCUCAUACCAGGUAUAAAUGAUUCAACACACUACUCCAACCCAGGUGUGCUAAUAUUUUAAACCAAACGCUCACUGGUCAGAACUGUGAAUAGCACAUGAAGACUAUUACAAAAGAGCACAGUGAACAUGAGCAACAAUCAAAGGUCACAUUUGUCCUGAAAGAACAAAGCACAAAGCACUUCCACUGAACACACACUCACAAAAAAGAAAAACAAAAUCCAAUUUGCACAGAUAGCACCUGCAUAUAACGCUUGCACACAUGGAUGUGAUCAGUCAUUUCUGUACAUUUAUAAAGACAUGCACAAAAGAUGUUAUGAUAAUCGUUUCAGAUGCGUCACAUACAUGUACAUUUGGCUGAAGAUAGACUGAUGCUAACUGUUACAUUUCAUAGCUGGUUUUACCACAGUUUUCAUGUAAAAACAGAAGUGUGGUGUAAAAAAAAAAGUUGCGUGAUUCAUUAUAUUGAAUUAGAUUUACAAGUGCUCCAAAAAAACUAAAAAAAUCCUAUGUUUUAGGUAAAAUGAUAGGCUGUAGAGUAGAUCAAGUAGGAAGAUUACAUUUUCUAUGAAAACUAGUCACAAUCCAGCAUGCAAAUAUUAGAUUCCUCCAUCUAUCACAGAUCUAUCAUAUUCUACCUAAAGGAUAAAAAUGCUAUAUCAUAUAAUUGUAACUAAAAACACACCAUCUAUAAACACUGAAUUUAGCCAUAAUAAGGAUAGGGAUAGAAAAAGAGGGGGAUUGUAAUAGAGAAAAGGCUCACAAAACACACUUGAGUUUUAAGGCGAGUUUCUGGUUAAUUCCUCGGUUGAUCCUGCUGAGCCGUCAUGUCACUGUGAGGUCUUCAUGAAUAACGUGUGCACCCCCUUUAUACCUAAUACUUUUGUUAGCAUCAGUCAAGUGAAUAGACCUUUUAGACAACUUGCUGUUAAAUUGAGAGGUUUUGUGGCAUGUAUAUGGCUCAAUGUUUGACAUCCAAGUGUUAUGUCUAAUAUUGUCUGAAGCUGUUAGACUCGCAGCAUGUUUGGUGUAUGUGAGCUGUUUCCUCUUUCUCAUCAGGAACACAGUGUUUAGGACUGUUCUGUACUGUACUGUCUCAUCUUCAGAAAGAGAAUAAACUAUUAUUAAACAACUGUUGCAGAUUCAUUUCUUUUUUUUGUCCUCGUCUUAACCAUUUUAUAUACACACACACUCUCUCUCACUGGCCACUUUAUUAGGUACACCUGUCCAACUGCUCGUUAGCGCAAAUUUGGCAACAUGGCAGCAACUCAAUGCAUUUAGGCAUGUAGACAUGGUCAAGACGAUCCGCUGCAGUUCAAACCGAGUAUCAGAAUGGGGAAGAAAGGUGAUUUAAGUGAUUUUGAACGAGACAUGGUUGUUGGUGCCAGACGGGCUGGUCUGAGUAUUUCAGAAACUGCUGAUCUACAGGGAUUUUCACGCAAAACCAUCUCUAGGGUUUACAGAGAAUGGUCCGAAGCAGUCGAACCUUGAGUCGGAUGGGCUACAGCAGCAGAAGACCACACCGGGUGCCACUCCUGUCAGCUGAGAACAGGAAACUAAGGCUACAAUUCACACAGGCUCACCAAAAUUGGGCAAUAGAAGAUUGAAAAUACAUUG